AACUGUGAUCAAAUUAUUCGCUUGGUAAAAAUUUCCACGCAACACAAACCCGAAGGCAUAGUUACUUUAUAUUCUCCCUCGCUCCAUCGAGUGAUGUGUGGAUGGUGCAUGCAAUUAGCAUGUCCAGGCAGGCCACCAAAAAAACAUGUUGCCAUAUUGCUGACAGCGCACCAUAAAUUGUUGCACGUUGAAACGUUGGCACACACACACAUGCAUAAAACAGGCCCUCCAUUACAGAACCAGACGGUGCGUAUAGUAAUUCAUGGCUGUGAGGCAGUCACCAGUCCUCGUCCCCGACCAAUCUAAUGUCUUAAUUGUUGCAUGUGGCAUCUACGCUGACACUGCCACAUGGAUACAAAAAAUACUGUGCACAACAAUAUUUUUCAUACGGAUUGUUGAAGCCCUAACCCAAUUACGACGGAACGGAUGUGCAGGGCAGAUCCCACCGCUAAAUCCCUCGUAUGCGAAGCCCUCUAUUUGUAGCGGAAACACAUUCGCAACCAUCUCUGCCCGAGAGUCGAGUGGCAUAAAAUGAUGCAUGUCGAUGCUCCCCUCUUUCCCAUCUAUUCAAGCGGCAGGUUGCACAAAUGCCAGUUUCAUAUCGGAGGAACGGCACGGAACGGAACGCGUUGUUUGUCUAACACAACGCAGCUGCUGCUGCUGCUGCUGCUGCCGCUGUCAGCGAGCAAGAACGACAACAAUGUAAUUAUCAUAAUUAAAAGGCUGCCCCUGUCGCCAAAAAAAAGCCCCAUCCAUGCAACCCGCAACCACGAGAAUGGGAGCGAGAAAAUGUUCACAGCGGCCAUGAAUUUCCUAUUAAAAGCUGCUCCCCAAACGACUGCGGAGGCUGGCGGGUGCAUCGGUGGACGGUGCAUGCUGGGGCUGGGGCUGGGGCUGGGGCAGCCCCUGCCUUGGGAUGAAAAACCGGAGAUGGUGGAUGCAGGUUGGUGGCUGGGACUGCAGCUGCAUAAUUGAGGUAGUUUCACUAAUUGUAAAACGUUGCGCAUUAAUUGCGUCUGCAGCGUUGCGCAUUUUGUGGCUUGCCACUCGAGAGUCGCCUCCAAUCGCCCUAAACACCCAUUAGACACCCCUCAUCACCAUUUUCCUGGGAGAGUGGAAACAAGAAACUAUGAUGACGUUCUUCCUCAGUCUUCUUCAUCUUAGGAGACGCGUUCGUCUUGUUUUUGUUGUUCAAGAGAGCUGCUGCCGCACCUGGUGUAUGAGUUCUUAUCAGUGAUUCUUAUCAUCGAGGAAAAACUCACCACACGAAUGCCGGCGAACUGAAAUAUUGUGCAUCGUUCUGCGCAGGACCUGGAAAAAUAUCGAAUGCUGGUAAGAUAAUAAUAUCCAAAAUUUAAAGCAUUUCUUUGAUUCUUUCAGGGGAAAUGUUACAAUUCUUGGAAAAGUAAGCGGUUUGCAGCUGCCUCCGGUUGUUCCCACAGGACAUGCCACUGAAAAUGCACGCAACAGUUUUCUUUCCACACAGCCAACGGCUUAUCACAACAAGAAUUGCCGCUUCCAGGCUAAUCAGAAACAUCGCUGGAAGUGGAAACACACAGAGAGGAAGAGAGAGAGAGAGAGAGAGAGAGAGAGACAAAGAGAGAACACUAACCUGCCUCAAUAGCAGCAGUCAGAGGUAGGGCUUUCACUUUUACCCCGCUGCCCCAUCAGCACACAAUGGCACGAUGCUCCACAGACCCACAUGGACGAGAACGAAGAUGAUUCGUGACCGUCGCGUCGGUUCGUUCUCUGGCUCGUACUAGGGGCUCGUGUCGGGGUGUGGUGAGUUUUGAGGAGUCGCCACCGAAUGUGGCACUAAAUGAAGCUCGAGUUCGGAUGGCGGCAAUUAUUCGCAGUUCGUUUUUAAACGCGUCGCGGCGUGGUUGCGUGUGCAGAACGAACAUGCGAACGGGCGAACCCAAAGGAAGAGAUUCCAACUGCAAAAGACUCAUCCUGACGGACAAACGAUCGGUGCUCACGAUGUGCGAGUGAAAGUGAAGUUCCGAUCAUUGAAUGUGAAGAUGCCUGAAUGAGCUUAUUGGUGAAACAAUAAAUAUAUAAAUAAUAGAUGUAUUAAGCAUAGGAUAAUAUUCAUAUAAACCGGAUAAAUAUCAUCUAAGUAUAUUUCAAUUAAUUUCGCAGCUUACGCCUAGAGGUUUCCCAUUGGUUUUGGCUUCGAAUUGAAGUGAAAGGACAAAGCAAGUGGCCAAAAGCAAGGAGUAGGGGAAAUUGGAAAUGGGCAUCAAAGCCGCGACAACGGCGUCCCUGUACUUCCGCUGGCCAUGGGCUGGCAGAGGGGAGUCGAUGCGGAUGAUACGUCAUGUUUUCGCUUUGGCCUUUGAUGAUUGAAAAUUCCAACUGGCGAGACCAGAAGCGUAAACAACCAGAGGCAGCGUAAUCGACAACCACACAGCGGAUCGCUGCCCACCCAUAAGCAAAACCGAUCAGCCAAUCAAAGCGAGCCACAAAGGAACCGGCAAAACUAUAUACGGGUUCUCCUCUCUAUUGACAUUGAACCCGAGGCCCAGAGCAGAACGAAUACAGUCAGCGCGCAAACGGCACCACGUACCUCGGUUCAGAGGCCACGGAAUGAGCAGCAGCAGCAGUUGCAGGCGGAAAGCAGCAGAAAGGCAAAGGAUGAGGAUGCCGCAAACGUUUCAGCUGCUUCUGUGGAUGGGGAUGCUGAUGCCAUUGAUGCUGUUGCAGUUGGGGCAAGGCCAUGCGGCGACGGAUCUAGAAGCCGCGACAGUCGCUGGAGCGCAGGGAACAGUAACAGCCGUUGGAUCCCCCCGGAAUCGCCUCAAAGCGGAAGCGGAAACCCUGAUGGCCGCAGGCGACAGCUUCAACAUUCGCCACGGGCGCUCCCGCACCUCCCAUAUGCUGCACAACACAAACAUCAACAGCGAUGGGAACAGCAACAACAGUGGAACCAGUGGGAGUGGCAGCGCCAGCAUCAGCAUGCGCCCCACUCUAGUCACGCCCACACAACAGCCUGGGGCAGGUGGCACAACAAGCGCCCCAGUCACGCAUAAAAUACGCAAAUUGCACAAGAAGAAAAUCAACGAGAGCAUUCGAAAGAGCGUGGACAAGAGCCUGGGUGUGCUCCAUCCGGCCAAGAACCAUCGCAGCCUUGCAGAGGCUGAACAUCUACAGGGACGUCCGACCUACGACGAGGACACGGCCGCUCUAAGUGAGGUCAUGGAAUUGGCAGACGAGAUUGAUCUGGAGAAUUCAUUACAGUCGGCUUACCCGAAUGUUGUCGUUGGCUUGACUGCCACUACCACUCCCUUUCCCACGCCCCAGCCACCGCCGGCACCAACGCCCCCAGCAGCAGUUGGAGUUUCCUCUGUCGCCAAGACAACUCCGACACGUGGCACAGGCACAGGCACAGGCACAGGCACAGGUGCAGCCGAUGGAGCUCUGCAACUGCGGCAAUUUGUGCGUGCCAACAUUGAUGAUGCCAAUUACGCGGAGGAUGAGGCGCCGAUGGAAGACUUCCCAGAGGUGGAGGUGGAUCUAGAUGAGGAUGAGGAGGAGCCGUUAUCGACUACUUCCAUGCCAAAAAUGGGAAUGUUUGCGCCUCAUCAUGUGACCGCGAGUGCGACAAGGACACGUUUGCUGCCAGUGAACAGCAGCAGCUGGCAGGAGCCGCUGGAUGGAGGAGGAGGCGUGGGCGAAAUUGAAGUUCGCUCAGGAGACUCUACAGAAUCCGAUUACCGUCUCGAUGACUCGCAUUCACGCAGUGAAAACGAUGCCUUCAACAAUGACGAUAAUAUCGUUGAUGACGAUGCCAACGACGACGUUGACGUUGACGAAGAGAAUACGCAGAAAAAGCAGUCAUAUGCCAGGUUGCCCUUUGAAGAGCUGCAGCUCCUCAAUGACAGCGGCAGCAGCACCACAGAGUGGAUGGACGACGGUAAUCGCAAUGCAAAUGAGAACGACAACAGUCCUGGGGCCGAAGCCCGAUCUCAGGCCAACAUGGAGGUGAAACAGAUACAUUUCGGUGGCGAAGGGGAGUCCGAUUCCGCGCUGGAUACCUCAGAGGUAACGAUGGACGAUGGCUAUCCGCCAGAAGUGCAAAUCGAUGACAACACCAAGCAGCUGGUCAUCGAAGAUGUGGAGGGCAACGACGACGAUACAGACGGGGAGAACAUGGAGUCAAAUCAGCUAACGGCGGACGUGAUCAAUGCCAGGGAUAGCAAAAUUGAUUUGGUCUCCAAAUUCCUGCAGUACAUCGAGCAGCAGCAUUUGAUGGGCUCCAAUUGUGUGGCCGGCACUUCCCUGAAUCUCGGCGAGGGCGUGGUCGACCGGUAUGCCCAGGACCGAUUCCGUGUGGAGGCCGAGGUGGCCGUCAAUCGCGCCAACAUGUUGACCAGAAUAUUCAAGACAACGGGGCGACGGGUACAGGAAGAUGUCAACUUGCUGCACGCCUCUGUUCUAUCGAUGGUGGAGUUCGACGAAGAUAUAUUCGCGGCCGGAAAUUGCUUCGAUUGGAACGAGCAUCCCGCACAGCCGGGCCUCUUCUGUCCGUUCGCCUACCGCCUGCCACCACCGAAUCUGGGGGCAAUCUUUGCCAAGGAUCUGGCCAUGGAGUAUCACUAUCUGGGCAAUACCUCCGAGUGGUUCUUUCUGGCCCGCAAGAACGCCGAGAAGGUGAUAGCCCGCAACGAGCAAUAUCUGAAAUCCUUUCAUCUCUAUUCAAACCGCACCGAGGAGCGCGUUGAGGUCGAUACCCUGGCUGUGAAAUAUGAGGAUGGAAGGUGGUCAAAGCCGUAUUACGAUUGUGGUGGUGGAAACAUUUGGAUGCUAACCUAUACGGUCCCAUUUUUCGGCUAUGAGAAUGGCAGCUAUCACUUCAAGGGAACAUCUGGCAUCGAUAUUGACUUGCGGCGCGUGGACAUCGACCAAUGCCCGCAACGCCACACGCCCGGCACCAAGCGGCCCCUAAACAUCUUUGCCGGCACCGACAAGUGCAAGCAGCGGACCACAAUGUGUGAAGCUAUCAUGGGACUGGGCUUUCGGCGCGGGUCCUACAAAUGCCUCUGCCGCAAGGGAUUCUAUUUCCCCGACGUGGUUUCGCUCCACAAGUUCUUCAAUGGCAGCCUGCUGGAGGAGGAAUACGAGAAGCUGAUGCUGGGCAAGAACUCCACGUACAACAGUAACUCCGAGUACGAGUGUCUGCCCUGCGCCGAGGGCUGUGAUUCCUGCGAGGAUUCGUCGCCCUGCAUUGCCGCCCUCAACUGGCCGAUGCGCACCAGCAUCUUGGCACUGGCCUGCAUUGUCAUUGGCCUCCUGCCGCCUGCGGCCUGGUUUACGUUUCGGUAUCAGCAAGUCAAGGUUGUACGAGCCGCCAGUCCCGCCCUGCUGCGGGUAAUUGCAUUGGGAGCCUUCUUCAUUUAUUGCACGAACAUUGUGAUGUAUCCGAAUCCGAAUCUUUAUACAUGCACCGCUCGCAUUUGGCUGAGAGAGAUAGGUUUCUCCCUCACCUAUGGCGCUCUGAUGCUGAAGACCUGGAGGAUAUCGGUGAUAUUUCGGGUACGCUCUGCCAAGGCGGUCAAAAUCACAGAUGCCGCUCUGCUGAAGCGCCUGGGAAUCAUUUGCGGUGCCAUCGGCACCUGUCUGCUGGUGAGGACACUCGUAUCGCCGCCAGAUGUGGUUGUGGGACGCACUGCUGAUGACCUGAAGGCAUUCCUAUGCAAGACCGACUGGUGGGACUACACAUUCACAUCGAUGGAGGUGCUGUUCCUGGCCUGGGGCGUGCGACUGUGCAUCAUGGUGCGGAAGGCUCCGUCCGAGUUCAACGAGAGCCGCUUCAUAUCGAUGGCCAUCUACAAUGAGUUCCUGCUAACCUGCUUCCUCAACGUGUCCAUGUUGUUCCUGCAGUCGCCGGCCAAUCCGGAUCUCCUGUACAUCAUUUUCUUUUGCCAUACCCAACUGACGGUGACGCUGCUGCUGGCCCUCAUCUUUGGCAGCAAGGUGUACAUUGUGCUGCGUAGCGGCAAGUCGCAUCAAGAGAACAUCGGCCUGGGCACCAAGGCAUCCGGAGCCAAAUUCAAUUUUCGUCCUCAAGUCCGGACCUUUGCCAAUCCGAGCUCGGUGACCACCUCAACGGUCCCAGUGGGGGGCACCACGUCAGCAGAAAACAAAUUGUCCGACCAGGAGGCACUGGAGGAGAUCCGCCAGCUGAGCAUGCAACUGCAGCGGAUACAGGAGAUGGCCCCGCCCAAGGGGGUGGCCGUGAUGACGAUAUCGAGUCUGCUCGAUGGACUGAAGACCUCCGGUGGCAUGAUGGCCGUGGCAGCCGGUCAUGCCGCACCGCGUCAAAGUGCCCUGCCUCUGUUGGCACUGAAUGCGGAGAUGCAGAAAUACAAUCAGCAGAACAUCAAUGCGAAUGGCCGGGGUAGUGCCAGUGCCCGAACCAGCAUACCCACAAUGGUCCUAGAGACGCCACCCUCGUCCACGCCACCCUCGACCGCGUACGAGGAGCGGGCCAUCAACACCGAGCUCAGUGGCGACGACUUCCGGGAGCAGCUGCUCCGUCGCACCGCCGACGGUCACAUCAUCUGCAGCCGCUGCCUGGACGCGUCCAAGGAGCACUACUACUGCUGUCCGCCGCGCAGUGCCUGCGACCACAUGGGCUCGCCGCAGCAGGAGGGCAGCAUUAGCUUUGCCAACAUUAAGCUGGACUGCAUGUGUUCGCAGUCGGAGGACCUCGACCAGGAUCACAGCAUCCGACAGCGGCGUCCGGCCGUGCGCUCGGCAGCCACUAACACGCCACCCCCCAGCUGUAAGCGUGGUCCCCGCAACCUCCUCGAGGCCGACGUCUGCAUUACGUAUCAAAUUUGUGAUAACUGUAGAAGUAAAUAUAAGCUUAGUGGCCGCCGGCGCAGCGGCAGCUGCACCCAGGCCCAGACCCACAGCGUCCAGCCGAGCGCCGCCACGGUCCAGAGCCAGGUCCAGUCGCGCAGCAGCGAGCUGCUUCUCGAUCGCAGUGUGGGCAUGGCCCCGGCCAAGGCAGCGCAUUCCACAGACGACAUUGUCCUCUACACCAGCUCAACUAAAGAGGAGGAGGUGGAGGAGGAUGAGCAGGUGUUGCCCCAGUUGGCGCCUGAUCCUGCCCCGGCGCCCUCGCUGGGCAAUGUGUCCAAUACUUCGAACAACUCCACCAGCCAGACGGACAGGACAAGUGGCAGUGGUGGAACAACGCGUCCCAAGCGGCCGGAUAAGUUGGUUUUGGAUCUGAACGAUCGUUCUAAAUACACCAAAGAGGUUUCUGUAUAAAUAUUUAGGAAAAUUAAUGGAGAGAGUUCGAAGCGGUUCAUCAGUAUUUUCCCAAUGGUUCUGCAGGAGUUUCAAACUCUUAAAGACCACAAAACCCAUUUUGGAAAGAGUUUCAAGAGAUUUGUGCUUGGACCGCUUUGAUAUUCCUGUUGGCAUUUGAAAAUAGUUUUUGUUUACGCAAAUUAAAUUACAAAAGACUUUAAUAAAUCAUAUUAGCAUAGCCACUUAGAUAUCGUUACGAUUGAGCUACAUAGAGAUAAGCCAUGGCCAGGGCCUUAAACACCUGACUUUAGUGAAAGUGAAGGGACAGUGCAGGUGGGUGAGAGAGUGUCGGGGGCUUGGAUUUCUGGGCAAAGUGAUUUGCAGCUUUAAUGAGCCCCUAAAUGCUGUGAAUAUAUUUUGCCCAAGGCAAGCCCAUGAAAGGCAACCAAACCGAUAAGCCACAUCAGCAGAGCACCCACAUAGACACAAUUUUGCUGAAAGUCAUGUAUUUUAGCUGGUCAUUUAAUUGAAUUUACAUCAUAUGCAUGUGGAUAAUUGCAACUAAAUUGCUUACUAAUUAAAAACGGCAUCGAAUCAGCUCCAUUAGUUGUUCGAAUUGAGGCGACAGUGGAAUGCAUUUGCUGUUUAAUAAAUUACUUUAUAUUUAAGUGCCGAUCUAUAGAAAAUACUCUAAACAACGCCCCAACGCAGUUGAUAAUAUUCUCUCUCUGUAAAAUAGUUGAUAAAAGUCGAUGAAAACUGUUUAAUACACAUAUCUCUGCCAAAAUCGAAUACUAUAUGAAAAAAGAAAUAAAUAUGGAAAAUGAAAUCAAAUCUAGAUGUAAUUGAAGUUAAAAUUGAUUAUUAAUUAGUUCGUGUACAAUUAGCUGCAUAUUAUAAUUAUUCCCAAAUAAAUUGAAUGUCAGCAAUUGUUCAGACCUCAACACACAAACACACACAUAUAUAUAUAUAUAUAUAAAAAGCUAAUGAAAACAAUUGUAAAAUAUGUAAAAUUUGCAAACUUGUUCUUGUUUAAACAGAACAGAACUAUUGUGUUGUACUGUACUGUACUGUAUCGUAGUUAAACAUUGCUGUUAUCAAGUGGAAAAUACAUUAAAUGUAUGGCUUAAAUGUUGUUUAAAACAA